CCUCUUGCACCAUUAUAGCUUCUACCGAACCAAGCAAACCAAAAACACCAAUAAAAUCACACACCCCACUCUGCCGCCACCGGAGACUUCACCACCGACUCCCUCACCAUGCUUCCUCUUCCCUCUCUCUCAAUUUCAUUCCCCACACAAUCUCUCUUAUUGUAACUCAAUUCAAUCCCCGCAUUAAUUCAAUUUGCUGUGUCAUGGCUUCUAUUAUUGCAACCACUUCGGUUUUCGCGCCCUAUUAGUCCUCCCCGCUCUUCGCUUCAACAACUCACGCUCAGACAUAUAUUUAAUUUAAUUUUAUUAUCACUACGAAGCGAGAAUGCUUACGUGCAUAGCUCGUCCGAAGAAACCUGAUGAGUCAGAUCCAAACAACGCGACAAGCGCCGCUAAAUCGCAAGCCAUCAAAUCCCUUACUUCCCAGAUAAGGGAUAUGGCGUUGAAGGCUUCGGGAGCCUACAAGCAUUGCGCUCCGUGCACGGGGCCAGCGGCGCAGGGACGAGUGAGGAGCAACACCGAGUCGGACGCGGACUCCGACCGGUUCCGGUGGUCGUACCGGCGGACAGGGAGUUCAAGCUCGACGACCACUCGGACGUGGGGGAAGGAGAUGGAGGCGCGGUUGAAGGGGAUAUCGAGCGGGGAGGGGACGCCGAACUCCGCCAGCGGACGGCGAGCGGAGCCGUUGGUGCUGUUCGUGGAAGAGAACGAGCCGAAGGAGUGGGUGGCGCAGGUGGAGCCUGGCGUUUUGAUUACCUUCGUGUCGUUGCCACGUGGCGGUAACGAUCUCAAACGCAUUCGGUUCAGUCGAGAGAUGUUCAACAAAUGGCAAGCACAAAGGUGGUGGGCAGAUAACUACGACAAAGUUAUGGAACUUUACAAUGUUCAAAGGUUUAGCCGCCAAGCAUUCCCUCUUCCGACGCCGCCAAGAUCUGAAGAUGAGAGCACAAAGCUUGAAUCAGCAGAAGCCAGUCCUGUAACACCUCCACUGACCAGGGAACGGUUACCUCGUACUCUUUACCGUCCAACAGGGAUGGGAAUGGGAUACUCAUCCUCAGAUUCCUUUGAUCAUCAAUCAAUGCAAUCCCGGCAUUUCUACGACUCAAAUGGUUUGAACUCUACCCCAAAAGUGUCCACUAUUAGUGCCGCCAAGACGGAGAUAUCAUCAAUGGAUGCUUCUAUCAGAAGUAGCUCAUCCAGAGAGGCUGAUCGCUCUGGUGAUUUAUCAAUCAGCAAUGCCAGUGAGUUGGAGACUGAGUGGGUUGAACAGGAUGAACCUGGUGUUUACAUUACAAUCAGAGCAUUGCCAGGUGGCGCAAGGGAGCUCAAACGAGUCAGGUUUAGCCGAGAAAAAUUUGGAGAGAUGCAUGCUAGAUUAUGGUGGGAGGAGAACCGUGCCAGAAUACAUGAACAAUACUUGUGAGUUGUGAGAUUUUAUAAAAGGGGGUGACUGCUGAUGCUUUGGUGUUGCUUAUUAAAUUGUUCCAUAUUUAUUUUACUAUAUAUACUAGUACUACUAAGUCUCUUUAUAGGCGAAGGUAUGAGAUGAGGUGCUACUUGCACCUCUGCCUUUUUUUGGGCUAUUUACAUCUCUCUGUGCCAUUAAUUGCUUCAGCUUAUCUUCUCUCUUGAAUGUGGGUGGUAAAUAUAGUUUCUAGUAUCGGCAAUGAUUUACUUAGAAAAAGCCUAAGAAGUCUGGUGGCUGUAAAUUCUAUUACUAUUCAAAUUGGAUACAAAGAAUGAAUCUAUUUUCUUUA